AUGUCCGAUACAGACAAUUGCACUUUGCAAACAUGUCCAUUGAGUGAUGCUUACGUCGAGUAUCGGCCCAACAUGGCCGGUAACAUCUUUUACCUUGCUCUUUUCGCUAUUCUACUUAUCGGGCAGAUCGGUGCGGGAGUUAUGUAUAGAUCUUGGAGUUUCAUGUUGCCAAUGGUCGCCGGUCUUAUAUUGGAGGUUUUGGGAUAUUUGGGCCGAAUCCUUCUACACAAUAAACCAUUCAGCUUUGACGCCUUUUUGAUUUAUUUGAUAUGUCUCACUAUUGCCCCGGCAUUUUUCACAGCUGGCAUCUACCUAUGUCUUGGCCGUGUUAUUACCGUUUAUGGCGAGGAAUUCUCGCGCUUGAAACCGAGAACGUAUACAUACUUGUUUGUGACCUGUGAUCUGAUUUCUCUUGUCCUGCAAGCGGCCGGUGGAGCUGUCACUUCAAUUGCCGAUGAACAGUCACUUCGCGAUACUGGUGUCAACAUCAUGAUCGCUGGACUGGUCUUUCAAGUUGCAUCCUUGGUUGUUUUCUCUGUGCUGGCAAUUGAAUAUGGAGUUCGAGUUCUGCGAGGAAGACGUCUGCAUUCUCCCACUCAGGAACGGCGGUCAAGCUGGAUGCGGAGAUCAUUCUUGCUUGGUAUGUAUAUCGCCUCAGAAUCUCUGGAGGGUGGUUUCCACAGUAAACUGGCCAACAACGAGGUAGCAUUGAUGAUACUCGAAGGAGCUAUGGUAUCAAUUGCGUGUAUUUGCUUGACGGGUCUGCAUCCUGCUUUGCUUGUGGGCAAAAAUUGGAGGACGCCUCAGGCAAUUGCACGAGACUUGGAAGUGGAGAAAUAG